AUGAGUGCAGUGCUAUUGCAGGGCAACCCCACAUUUUGCGUUGUUGAUGAUAAAACAAAUACUGACGGAGAAGAGGAUGAAGGAAUAGACUGUCCGUCCGGGACCGAGGUGAGCCUGGACCAGUCACUGCAGAUCACUCCCCCGUCGGCGCCGGAGUGCGUUUCCUUGAGCGACUCUGGUUUCCAGAAAUCCAAUACUUCCGGUGUUGACCUCCGCUGUCUUGAGGGCGUCUGGGAAUGGCCGUCUACGCGCAAAGUCAGAGAUGCGCAGUGCUCGUGCGCCGACCAGGAGCAUGACGGUUUUGAGGAUUACGUGCACGAGAUUUUUACACACCGACUCAGUAUUGAAAACAAAUACCACGUGAAGAGUUGUCUGAACAACCAACCAGAGAUAAGCCCAGACGUCCGGAAGAUGCUGAUCCACUGGCUGACGUCGGUGCACCAUGAUUUAGCACUGUGCCAGGACACGCUCUACCUCGCGGUGCACGUGUUCGACCGCGUGCUGGACGUGAUGCAGGUGUCACGUGACUGCCUCGAGUUGCUCGGAAUCACGUGCCUUCUCGUCGCCAGUAAACAGAAUGAGAUUUGUCCACCCGAGAUUCAUGAACUCCUCGAGAAGUGCAAUGAAACCUACACCAGAGAACAGGUGAAGCAGUUAGAGCUGAUCGUGCUGAUGGCCACCAGUUUUGAUCUAAUGGCUCCAACAGUGCAGCAGUUUCUCGAGUACUUCGCAUCCUUCAGUCUUGCAGCCUCUACUGGAGACGAGGAGCAGACUUCCAGGCUCAAAAUGGCGCGUGCCAUGGGUCGUUGUGCGCUGGAGCUGUCCUUACAGGAGUAUGAACUGUGUCAGUUCCCGCCAUCCAUGCUGGCCCUUUGUGUGUGGAAUGUUGCCGUGGAGACGCUUCGCACCACCCUGGACACACGCACAGUUCACUACACCCGCGACAUCCCUGCACAUCAGCUCGAGACAUGCUUCACACAUGUACAUAUGUUUUUCGACAGUUUCCGGCAGUCGGGUCAGGAUAUGUCCUUGCUCUGUGAGAAGUAUGGGAACUUGUACAGUGCAAAAUGAACAGGAGAC